AUGAUGCCUGUCACAGUACAGGCCACAGCCGACGGUGAGAUUUCGGUCUCAGCCCACCAAAUUGUCCAAGUGCUACAGAGAAUCCACUCAAAUAAUGGAGGUUCUAUCACUGGCUCAUUAUAUACUCGCCAGUUGCCCUUAAAUAAUGGAAUUGAUGAGGCCAAAGAUGAUUCUUUGACAUUUUCAGGAGGUGACUCAGCUAGACGUCUACCACGUGGUCAGUCUGCCGGUCCAAAUCCCACCUUACUUGUAUCUAACUUGAACUUGUCUCAGCCAGCACCUCGUCCUGUUUCAUUGAGUUCUGAAAAGCCCUCUGAGGUCUCAGUUGAAGAGUCAGUCGCCUCUCAGGAUCAGGAGUCUGGUGGCUGGGCUCUUGUACGAGUGGUCGCUACUGGCAGCGCUACAUCGACACGGGCACCCGUGGCUGAAGGUCUGAUUCCCGUCCGACUUAUUGGCGCACCCACAGGUCGUAGAUCUAUUACUUCUGCUGCUUCUGUUGUAUGCGCAACAAAUAAUGGCACUUCGGUUUGCAGUCAGGCUUUGCUAAUAGGUGGAACCUCGAUGCCUGGACCUGAAAGUGGACAUCAUCAGCGCAGAGCUAGCACUGGAAUGGGAGUACGUAGAUGGCUAGCUGGCUCUAGUGGAGGCAGUGGAAGUGGAGGUACAUCUACAGGGGCUGGCGCUAGUUGCAGCAGUGCGAAAGAGCGCCGCGCACAACGGGAACAGACGGCGGCAGCAGUAGCUGCGGGCUCAGCUGUUAUUGUUAAUGGUGCCCCAAAACGCGGUUCCAAGGCUGAUUUUCAGGUCAAAAUUUAUUUACGCUACUACAUGGCUUUUAAUUAUGAGCUUAGUUACCCUCGUGCAUUGCGUGAAUUGUGA